AUGCAACAUAGAUUAGUGAAUGGUUCUGGAGAACAACAAAAAGAGCCUGUUAUGGAUGAUGUACGCUCGCAAGGGGAGCUGGACACCCAAGAUGCUGCGAAUGGCCAGCCAAAAGAGACAAGGCCAACGCCACCAUCAUCCACACCAGAGGUGGAUGGUAGAGAGAAUAGGGAAAAACUUUCACCGCAAUCCACGAGCGAGGUGGAUACUGCAGGUGGCGAAGCCGAUACCAUGUGGAAAGAAAAACGUGAGGUUGGUUGA